UCUUUGGAGGACUUCUCCCCGGGUGCCCCCCCCUGGGUGCCCCACCUGAUGGUGGAGUGUGUCGCUGAGAUCGAGAGGAGGGGGCUGCAGGAGAGGGGCCUGUACCGGGUCCCAGGGGGGGAGCGGCUGGGGAAGGAGCUCAGGAUGAUGGUCCUGCAGGGGAAGACCCCCCCCCGGGGAAGGUGCAGGACGUCCAUGUUCUCUGUGGGUUCCUGAAGGACUUCCUGAGGAACCUGAAGGAACCGCUGCUGACCUUCAGACUGCAUCGAACUUUCAUGGAGGCUGCAGAGCUGCAGGAUGAAGACAGCAGUACUGCAGCUGUGUACCGGGCCCUCUCUGAGCUCCCCCCCCCCCACAGAGACACCCUGGCCUUCCUCAUGCUCCACUUACAAAAGGUGGUACGGAGCCCCCCCUGUCAGAUGGACCAGAACAACCUGUCCCGGGUCUUUGGACCGACUCUGGUGGGUCACGGGACGCCAGACCCGUCUCCCACCACCAUCCUGAGGGAGACCAGCACCCAGCCCAAGGUGGUGGUUCGGCUGCUGUCCCUCCCUGAAGUUUACUGGAGACGAGUCCUCUCGGCCCAGAAGGACCAGAUCUCGGUUCCUGGGUUGGCCCAGAAGGACCACAUCUCGGUUCCUGGGUCGGCCCUCGGUCCGGAGGCCGCUGGACGAGGACGCUUCUUCGAGCCGCUGACGUCUCCAGAACUGUCCAGCUGCUACAGGAACCCCAUCAGAGGAACCCUGAGGGGGGGGCCCAGGAACCCUGGCCUCAGCAACCUGUAAG